AGACGGCGGCUGAUUAGCUCAGGUUUACAUCACCCGGGCCGGGAGCCGGGCGCACAUAAGACUCACAGCGGAAGUGGAGGCGGCUCCGCACGCGUCCGCUGCUAGGACCCGGGCAGGGCUGGAGCUGGACUGGGAUCCCGAGCUCGGCAGCAGCGCAGCGGGCCGGCCCACCUGCUGGUGCCCUGGAGGCUCUGAGCACCGGCGGCGCCAGGACCCACGCGGGACGACAGGGCAAGGGACAGGGUCUCGCUACGUUGCCUAGGCUGGUCUUGAACUCCUGGGCUCAAGUGAUCUUCCUGCUUCAGCCUCCCAAAGUGCUGGGAUUACAGAUGCGAGCCACCCCUCUGGCUGCUCCUGCAGGUUCCCUGUCCAGGAAGAAGCGGUUGGAGUUGGAUGACAACUUAGAUACCGAGCGUCCCGUCCAGAAACGAGCUCGAAGUGGGCCCCAGCCCAGGCUGCCCCCCUGCCUGUUGCCCCUGAGCCCACCUCCUGCUCCAGAUCGUGCAACUGCUGUGGCCACUGCCUCCCGUCUUGGGCCCUAUGUCCUCCUGGAGCCCGAGGAGGGCGGGCGGGCCUACAGGGCCCUGCACUGCCCUACAGGCACUGAGUAUACCUGCAAGGUGUACCCCAUCCACGAAGCCCUGGCCGUGCUGGAGCCCUACGCGCAGUUGCCCCCGCACAAGCAUGUGGCUCGGCCCACUGAGGUCCUGGCUGGUACCCAACUCCUCUAUGCCUUUUUCACUCGGACCCACGGGGACAUGCACAGCCUGGUGCGAAGCCGCCGCCGCAUCCCUGAGCCUGAGGCUGCUGCGCUCUUCCGCCAGAUGGCCACCGCCCUGGCGCACUGUCACCAGCACGGUCUGGUCCUGCGUGAUCUCAAGCUGUGUCGCUUUGUCUUCACUGACCGUGAGAGGAAGAAGCUGGUGCUGGAGAACCUGGAGGACUCCUGUGUGCUGAGUGGGCCAGAUGAUUCCCUGUGGGACAAGCAUGCGUGCCCAGCCUAUGUGGGACCUGAGAUACUCAGCUCACGGGCAUCAUACUCAGGCAAGGCAGCAGAUGUCUGGAGCCUGGGUGUGGCACUCUUCACGAUGCUGGCCGGCCACUACCCCUUCCAGGACUCAGAGCCUGUCCUGCUCUUUGGCAAGAUCCGCCGUGGGGCCUACGCCUUGCCUGCAGGCCUCUCAGCCCCUGCCCGCUGUCUGGUUCGCUGCCUCCUUCGUCGGGAGCCAGCUGAGCGGCUCACAGCCACAGGCAUCCUCCUGCACCCCUGGCUGCGAGAGGACCCGAUCCCCUUAGCCCCAACCCGAUCCCAUCUCUGGGAGGCUGACCAGGAGGUCCCUGAUGGACUGGGGCUGGACGAAGCCAGGGAAGAGAAGGGAGACAGAGAAAUGGUUCUGUAUGGCUAGGGCCACCCUACUACAUGCUCAGCUGCCAACAGUGCAUUGAGUUUGGGGUGGCUCCAAGCCUUCUCCUGCCUCUGAACUGAGCCAAACCUUCAGUGCCUUCCAGAAGGGAGAAAGGCAGAAGCCUGUGUGGAGUGUGCUGUGUACACAUCUGCUUUGUUCCACACACAUGCAAUUCCUUCUUGGGUGCUUAUCAAGUGCCAAGCCCUGUUCUAGGUGCUGGGAAUACAGCAGUGAGCAAAGCAGACAAUACUCCCUGCUCACAGAGAUGACAAACUGGCAUUCUUGAGCUGACAACACUUUUCCAUGACCAUAGGUCACUGUCUACAGUGGGUACACUUUGUACCAGUGUCGGCCUCCACUGGUGCUGGUGCUCAGGCACCUCUGGCCAAGGACAAUCCCUUUCACAAACAAACCAGCUGCCUUUGUCUCUUGUACCUUUUCAGAGAAAGGGAGGUAUCCCUGUGCCAAAGGCUCCAGGCCUCUCCCCUGCAACUCAGGACCCAAGCCCAGCUCACUCUGGGAACUGUGUUCCCAGCAUCUCUGUCCUCUUGAUUAAGAGAUUCUCCUUCCAGGCCUAAGCCUGGGAUUUGGGCCAGAGAUAAGAAUCCAAACUAUGAGGCUAGUUCUUGUCUAACUCAAGAAUGUUCUGGAAUGAGGGUCCAGGCCUGUCAACCAUGGGGCUUCUGACCUGAGCACCAAGGUUGAGGGACAGGAUUAGGCAGGGUCUGUCCUGUGGCCACCUGGAAAGUCCCAGGUGGGACUCUUCUGGGGACACUUGGGGUCCACAAUCCCAGGUCCAUCCCCUAAGUUUUGGAUACCAUGAGUAUGUAUUUUUACCUGUGCCUAAUAAAGGAGAAUUAUGAAAUAA